AUGUCAGCAACUCGUCGCCUACAAAAAGAGUUAGGCGACUUGAAAUCUUGUGGUGUAAAAGCCUACGAAAAUGUGGAUUGUGAAGAGUCAAAUUUAUUGAAAUGGACAGUUUUAUUAGUGCCUGUAAGUAAUGUCAUCAUUUUUUAAUUGUAUAUGAAUUAAUUAAACAUUAAUUUUUUAGGACAAAGAACCAUACAAUAAAGGAGCCUUUAAAGUUGGCAUCACCUUUCCAGUUGAUUAUCCGUUCAAACCACCAAAGGUGCUUUUCGAGACAAAAAUCUAUCAUCCAAAUAUUGAUGAGGAGGGCAAAUUUUGUUUGCCAAUUGUGGCCAGAGAAAAUUGGAAACCAGCGACAAAAACUGAACAAGGUGAGCUAUGACGUGGCAAUUUGAAUGUUGUUGUUUAUGUCCCAAAAUGAGACAAUCCCCUAUGUCUGAGCUUCAGAUAAAAAUAAUUUUCGAAACUAUCGUGGUCUCUGCUUUUUUCCCCACUUUUUAGCCAGGAAUCCCUCAUUUCCCUCUCCUCAAAAAAAUCAUUUUUUUUUCAGUAAUGAUGGCUCUUCUCUCACUUAUCAACGAACCCGAACCAUCACAUCCAAUUCGUGCCGACGUAGCCGAAGAAUAUCAAAAAGAUCGCAAAAAAUUCCUGAAAACCGCCGAAGAAUUUACGAAAAAACACGCCGAAAAACGACCGGAAUAA